CUCUAAACCACAACAGGUCCAAGCCAAGCAACGGACAGUUAUUGUCAAGCAACCAUACGAACAAACAACUCUACUAUACUAUCUGUGUUUCUUCUGUCUUUCUUUCUAAAUUGAACAAUCAUGGCAGAACAAGUCCAAGCCGCCCUGGACAAGAUGGUCCCGCCAUUGGCAGAUCUGAUGGAUCGCAACAUUUUUUCACAAGAGGAAAUUCACGCCAUUGUGGCUCGACGACGCAAUUCCGAGUAUUUGCUACGACGAACGAGUCCACGAAAGGCAGACUUUUUGAAAUAUAUUCAAGACGAGUUACAGUUGGAACGAUUGCGACUAUUGAGGACCAAACGAAUUCAAAAGGAACAAAAGCAGCGAUUAUUACAAAAGCAAGAACAACAACAACAAGUACCAGGAGAAGAGGACAAGGUCAUUCGAGAACACCACAUUGGAGAUGCCCACAUUAUUCAACACAUUCAUCUCCUCUUCAAACGAGCGCUCCAACGAUACAAUCGAGAGGAUGUAUCCAUGUACUUGCAAUACGCCGACGUCGCCAAGGAACUAGGCUCCUUUCAAAAAUUGCCGCAAAUAUACGCACAAGCCGUACAGCUUCAUCCCCAUGCCACGGGAGUUUGGAUCGAAGCGGCAUCCCAUGAAUUCUUUCAUCGGACAUCCGUCAGUACUGCACGUAUUCUACUACAGCGGGCAUUGCGCAUCAAUCCAAAAGCACAAGAUCUGUGGUUCCAAUCCUUUGCACUCGAAUUUCAUUACAUUGCCAAAAUGAAGGGACGACAAUCGGUUUUGUUAAAGCAAUCAGCAACAACAACUACAACGACCAUACAAGACAAUCCUUCCCUCGACUCGACCCUCUUUGUCGUAGCCAAGAUUGUCUAUGACAAGGCCAUCGAAGCCAUUCCAAACGACAUUGACCUGCGAUUGGGGUUCCUCGAUCUUUGCAAGUCGUUCCCACACACGCUAGCCAUGGAGGAAUACAUUUUCAAGUCCAUCCGAAACGAUUUCAAAGAGACUCCCAAAGCAUGGAUUGCCAGAGCCACGAGGCUUUUACACAAACAACUCGAACAGAAACAGCAGCAAAACAAUGAAGACAAAGACAUGCCGAAAGGAUUCCUGGAACCACUACAAGUGGAAGAAACAGACCAAUCCGAAUCAGAAGACAAUGACAGCAGCAGCAGCAACAGCAGUGGUGAUGAUGAUGAUGACGACAGACCUGCCAAAAAGCAAAAGAGUUCCGAACCCCACAAAAAGGAAAGCAAGGAGACGGACGCUGUCCUGGCCAUGAUCCAAAAGGCACUGCAGGCGGUACCAACCACAGAGAUGUAUCUGAAAGCCGUACAGUUCUUAUGGAUGUACUGUGAGCGGAUCGAGCGAAUAUUGUCUUCUGCUGCUGCUACUGACGAGGAGGAUGCAUCCUCGGCAGCAGAAGCCACUCGGGAACGCAUCUUGCUGGAGUUCUUUCCCAACCUCUUUCAACAAGCCCUGACGACACGGCCCCAUGUAGUAUACAACUCUUCCUUGGCUCUACAACACGCUGAAUACCAUGUCAGAUUGGAACAGCCAGAGAACGCCCGUCAAGUGUUGGCGGACUUUUGCGCUUCUUUCAACAAGGGCAACAAGAAGAAUGCACAACAGCUACCAUCCACAAAGGUUUGGAUAGCAUUGGCAAAUCUCACAUUCCAAGUCAAUAAGGAACAACAAUCAGCAAUCGAAACACGAAAAGUCAUCAAAGAGGCCAUGUCGCAUUUCCCCGUUGGUCAGAAAGACCAUAUGCAGUUGUUGCUACAGCUGUUGGGGGUCGAACUGGUCAUGGUGCGACAACAGUCUGCAAGAGACGCUGACAUUGACAACACCCAUAACAACAGCAAGGAAUGCAAAAUGGUCAUGGCAACAUUUCAGAAAAUUCUGCUGCUGGCCAGCAACAGGGUGUCUCCACUCGAUGGUGGUGAAGGCGACACAGCAGAGGAUGAUGAUGAUGAGUCGCUACUAUUGCUGACAUCCGAAAGCUCAGCCUUUGGCAUUACAAGCAUGGAGGACGCUUGUCUGCAAUUCUUAAUCUUUGCCGUCGAAGCGUAUGGGCCUUUGGAAGGUGUGCGGAAAGCGUCGAAGUUGGUCUUGCUGCAAUCCAAUUUCCUGCAGCAUUGGGAUGCCAAACAGGCAACAAACGACUUGGACAGAUUGGUUGCGUUCUUUGAUAAGUGCUUGGAAGUGGAAAUGGACACUCUACGAAACAACAAAACGAAGGCUCAAUUGAGCAAGGCUGAGCGGAAAAAAGGUCGGGUGGCGUUGCGUGAACUUUGCAAAGCGGCAAUACAGACAUUCCAAGAUGUACCAGCGUUGGCGAAACAGUAUCAGCAAAUGCAACAUGAUGCUCUGCUGCUUUGACUCCCCUCGCGGCCCUCCAAGGGAGCACUUAUCUAAAAGUCUAUUCUAAUAGCUAGCAUUUAUUUACGCGCCC